AUGUCGAGGCGCAAGAGAACAGCCGAACACGUGGGUCUUACGAACGAUACAUUGGGUAAUGAUGCAACUUAUGAUGGUCCAGUAACGCGCUCGAGGGGUCACCAUGACCAGACCCAGCGUGUUUUAAGACUCUUUAAAAGGCAAAGAGAAGAGGGACCGUCUGUGGUCGCCCCGAUCCAAGAAGGUCUGGUAGAGGCACACGCACAGGCUACGGCCAACUAUGAGAGCCAGAUCGAAAUUUUGCAGGCACGUAUCGACGAGUACCAGCUGAUCCAGAAUCAGACCGAUAACGAACUCAGGAGGGAAUGGGCAUCUCGGGGGAUUGUAAACAGCCAACUGACGGAAUCGAAGAGGCGCAUAAUGGAUCUAGAGAAGGACAUCGAAAGAAUAAGACGGGAGGGACGCAAGACCGAGGAUAAGCUGCAAAAUGAACUCGACUACGAGAAGCGGUCUCGUAAAGUCCAGAUGGACAGACUGGAAAAAGAGAGAUCCGCCGAGAUGAAAAAGUCGUUGGCUGAACAAGCAGAGAAGCACAGGAAAAGGGAGGAGGAAUUGCGAAUACUCCAAGAGAAAGAAAAAGCAAGAUACGACGCCAAGGUCGACGAGCUCCGAGAAGAGAGAGAGAAGGCAUUGACUCGACAGAAGGAGUUGUCGGAGGCAGCGGAGGCGAAGCGAGCUACCGAGAUCGAAGAUCUGGAGAGGAAACGACGAAGAGCCGAAGAAGAGGUCAAGAAACUGAAGGAAGAGCUGCAGAAAAAGGAGCACGAGAGAGAGGUGGAGAUCACGGGAUGGAGUCACGUCAGAAAGGGACUGACGCUGGCGAAUCAGCAGCUGACCAGAGAGAACACAGACCUGCAGACGGCGAGAGAGGAGGCCGUCGCGUUGAUGGACAGGCUGAGAACCGUGUACAAAAAUCUACAGCGCAGAGCUUACGAUCUGCCGAGGCCCGUCGAGACGGACGAGGAGUUGACGAAUGCGUUGGAGCCUCUGAUCAAAGAUCUCGUUUCGGAUCGAUCGAGGCAGUCGGACCAGCUGGACGACAUCUUCCAAAGGGUCACGAGGGCUUUGUCGAACUUUCGAGGCUUCUGCGAGAGAGCUGGGAACCGAGUCAACCUAUCCGACUCGAACGAUAUCCAGACGAUGAUCGGCAAUCUCGAAAAUAGCCUCACGCACGCGCAGAAGAUGCACGAAGGAGCACGAGAGACCAUCCUCGAACUCGAGAGGACGGCCGAGACCAGGAAGAGAGACCUAGAGAGGGCCUUGCGGGACUUGGACGACUUGCUGUCGGGCACCGUCCGAGCCGACGCGUCCGAACAGGUGAAGACCAUCAAGGAUCGGCUCGACGCAGCUCGAGAGGAAGCUCGGGCAUUCGGUAAGGCAGCGGCGCGAGCGGAGGAAUUGAGGAGGGCGAAGGAAGCGGAAGCCGAGCUGACAGGCGCCCAGCUGGAGAGAUCGAGGCAAGAGGUUCGGGAGUUGAACAGCGUCGUGGCUCGCGGUAACGAGAGAGAAGAGUCGAUAAGGAAGAAUAUCAGGGAAUUCGAAAAGCUAUGCAGGGAUGCGCUGGUCUCCCAGGAACACAGGGAGCAGCUCCUCAACCAUGCAGAUCCGAAACUCAGAGAGGUGGGAUCCAUCGUGAAGACGCUCCUCGACAGCAAGGAAUCGAUCGAAAGAGCCCUCCGAGAGAGUAGAGAACGCGAAAGGGCCAGGAUGGAACUAGACGACGAGAUUGAAGAGUUGAAGGCGAGCAAGCGAGCUCUGGAAGUGCAGAACGCAGAGCUGAUAGCCAAGGCGAGUGAUCUGCGGAACGAAGUUCAGAGGUCCAACGCCGAGCACGAACGAGAGAAAUCGAGGAUGACGGCAGAAUACCGAGCGAGAGAAGCGGCAUGGCAGCGUUCGGCCCAAGACGUAUCGCGGCAGCGGGAGACGUGGAUGCAAGAAGCCAAGAGCAGGUUCGAGCAGGUAUAUGCGACGAGGGUGCGAGAGCUGGAUGGAUUCAGAGCACAGGCAGCGGCAGAAGUGGACGCGCACCGAGCCGAUAGGGUCGCUAUGGAAGGGCGAGUACUCAUCGCAGAGCAGAAGGCGAGAGAAGCCGAGCAAAAGGCGGAGCAGAGGAUCGCAGAGAUCGGCGCGCAGGUGCAGCAGAUAGAGAAGAAUUACACGGAUGCCUCGGAGGAAAAACAGAGAAAGCUCGAGGAACUCAACGUCCAACUCCGAGCGAGUACCGAGGAGAAGGACGUACUGCUGAGAUCAGAAAAGGCGUUGCGAGAUGAAUUGGCUGCGGUGACCAAGCGAGCCGACGAGUCGCAGAAGAGAGUGACGGAGCUGACCGAGGAGAUAAACGACCUCAAUUCGAGCGAGCAACAGCUGACGGACAUAAUCGCAAGAUUACGCGCCCAGAUCGAAGAGAAUCGGAUACAACGCGAGACGGCCCAAUCGACACGGAACCUCCAGAUCGAGGGCCUGAGGAAGACGGUGGAUGGAUUGAAGGUGGAGAAUCAGAGGAUCCAACUGGAAUUGGAGCGAGUUCGCGAAGCGGCAGAGGUAUCCGCUCGCGAAGGACGGGAGAAAGACGAAGAAGCGACUCGUCUGCGAAGAGCCAUAUCCGCUAGAGAGUCGGAGAUCGGUAGGAAGGAGCAGGCCCACGCGAGAGCGAUCGCAGAACGGGACGGCAGAAUUGCAGGAUUGGAAGCAGAUAGCAGGGCAUUACGAGAGCGUAUAGAAGAGGUUCAGAGACGAGCUUCCAGGAACGAAGCGAUGGCGAAGAGAAGGUUGGGGAACAGAUUAGCAGAACAAGAGGGAGCAAAGACUGCUGCACUAGCUCAGUUCUCGAGUUUGAGGAAAGAAGUUGAGGAUCUGACGUCCGAACGCAAAGCCCUGAAGAAACUAGAGAAGGAAAGUCGGGCGGAGGCCACGAAAGCUUCCGGAUCGGCCCUGCGACAAGAGAAGAGAGCCGAAAUGCUGGCCGCAGAGGUCGAACGAUUGCAGCGCUCGAUGAACGAAGCGAACGAAGAGAUCGACCGUGCUAGAGGAGGCAUCAGGGAACGAGACGCUGAACUGAACGCAAUGACCGACGAGCUGAGAAAAGCUGACGAGGAGAGACGAGCCGUGCAAGAGAAGGAGAAACAGUCGAGGGAGGAGUUGAAGAGGAUGAUGGAUGCCGUCGACAGAGCGGAAGAACGACAAGAGGCGUUACGCGCAAGAGCUUUGAGGCGCCAACUGGACAAGGAACGAGAAGCCAAGGUGACGCUCGAGGGAGAGUUGAAGGGAGAGAUCGAGAGGACGAAGAACUUGUUAGAAAGAUCGCAACGAGAGACGCAAGAGCUGACCAGGGAACUCGGUAGAGCGAACGACACCGUGGUACGAAUGACCGAGGCGACGACCGAAGUGAGGCGAGAGCACCUGGUCCACGUCAAUCGGCUGGAAGAGACAUUGAGAGCUCGGGAGACUGCACAUCUCGAGCAGUUGCAGAGAGUGCAGCUGGAUGAGGAGACCACCAGACAGAAUCUAGAGAGAAGGCACGGGGAGGCUCUCCACCAAGCGAACGAGCGACUCGAUGGUGCCCAGGAAGAGGUCGAGAAUUACAGGAUGCGGCUCGAGGAGGUCGAACGCGACGCGCAUCGGGCCGACGUCGCCAACCGAGAGGUAGUACGCAAGCUCGAGCAGGAACUCUCGGCUGCAAAGAGGGCGAUCGACGAGCGAGUCUCGGAGGCCGUGAGAGCAGCGAGAGACGAGGCUUGGACUCGGGCGGCAGCACAGAUGAACGAAUCGGAGGUUCGCAUGAGGAAGUUGGAAGAGGAGAAUGCCGCACUCCGUAAGGACAUCGAACAACGAAAGAACCAGUACGAGGCACAGGCCAAGAGUACGAAGGAUGAGUACGCUCAGGCCCUGCUGGACGCAGAGAGGAGGGCUCGAGAGGAGCUCCUCGCAAAGGAGCAGAGACUUCAGCAGAUGGAAUCCGACUUUCGGAACCAGAACGGAGACCUGCGCGCGAGGCUCUCUCGGACGACGGUCCAGCUGAGGUCGGCCGAAUUGGCUCUCAUGGAAAGGAGAAAGCAGGAGAGGGGCGAAUGGAGGCGAGAGUCGGACGAAGCGAAGUGCCUAGAGAUCCAUCCGAUGCACUUUCGAAUACGCUGA